GCCCCUUGGCUCCUUUCACUUCCAUAGUUGAGUUUUUUUUUCUUUUAAUUCCUCCAUGCAUUUCAUUUUCUUUUCUUUUCCUCCUUUAUUUGAUGUUUGCCAUUGUCAUCAUCAUCAACUCUGAUAAAAUGUAACAUGUCCUAUUUUUCCCCUGCCCUUUUUCUCACUCAUCCCUCAUAGUAAUUCUCAAGAAACAUCACUUGGCCCUACCUUUUUGGCUUCAAUUUUAUCACUCAAGCUCUUGACCCCACCCAUCAUUUCAAUCAAAUCUUGGCUCUCGACUCCAUUUACUCUCUCCCUCUCUCUCUCUCUAACUUUGAAUCAAAUGUGAUCAAUCAAACAACUUCCCAUGUUAAAACAGUUCUCAGUCCAUUAGCCUAACAGCAGCAGCAGCAGUCAAGACAAAGUGGAAACCAAAAAUGCUCUCUUUAUUCCCAUUUCCCCUUCACCUCCUGCUGCUAUUAAUCUGUUUCCCAGUCUUCUCCACCAAUCAGCAAUCUCUAGCACCAGACAGCUCCAUGAAUCGCCACGAACUCGAAACCUUGUACAAGAUCAUGGAGAGCCUCUCGGCCGAUGAGGACUGGCGAGCCGCCUACCCGAACCCCUGCCAGCCGGGUUCGGGCUGGACGGGGAUCGAGUGCAAGCAUUCGACACUCGACAACCUCCUCCACGUCACCCGGCUCGACCUGGGCACCUUUCCCAAUCCAGCUUGCAAGAACUCUGCCACAUUCCCUCCAGAAAUCUUCCACCUCCCAAACCUUGAUGCAGUCUUCAUCUUCCAAUGCUUCACCAACGCCCCGGCACGAAUCUCGAUCCCUCCGAACAAGCUGCCGCCGGCCUCCCCUCUCCAGCAGCUCAGCUUGAGAUCAAACUCUGCUCUCAUCGGCACAAUCCCACCUCAAAUCUCCACCCUCAAAUCCCUCCAAAUCCUCACAUUGUCCCAAAACCGGCUAACCGGGCCAAUCCCGGUCGAGAUCUUCACCUCCAGCUCCCUCCUGCACCUUGACUUGAGCUACAACACCCUCACAGGCACAAUCCCACCAGAAGUAGGCAAUCUUGGAAAGCUUGUAGGCCUUGACUUGAGCUACAACAAGCUGACCGGGGCGAUCCCGCCCACCAUAGGCGAGCUUCGGAUUCUCCAGAAGCUCGACCUCAGCUCCAACCUCCUCACCGGAACCAUCCCAGACUCCAUCCACGAGCUGCAGUCUCUAGUUUUCUUGGCACUCAGCAACAACAGAUUGCAUGGUGCCUUCCCCAAAGGCCUCAUCAACCUCCACAGCUUGCAGUAUUUCUUGAUGGACAACAAUCCGAUGUCCGUUUCCCUGCCCGAGGAAUUCGGGCAGCUCAAGAAGCUGCAAGAGCUCCGCCUCUCCAACUCCGGCUACUCCGGCACCAUCCCUUCUGCAUACUCCCAGCUCCUCAACCUCAGCUCUCUCUCACUGCAGAACAACAGACUAUCAGGCACAAUCCCAGAUGGAUUCACCAACCUCUCCCACAUUUACCACUUGAACUUGAGCAGGAACUUUCUACAAGGUGUUGUGCCUUUCAACUCAACCUUCUUGAAAAGGCUGGGGAGGAACUUGGACCUCAGUGGCAACUCAGGGCUGUGUUUCAGCCCAUCUGCCGCCGCCGAUGAUGUCAUCAUCGGUGUCGGUGUCUGUGGCAACAAUGACAGAAUCAGCAGCAAACCGGUGAAGAAAUCUGAAGCUGCAUUGCUGCACUGUUCCACUCUGCUCUUUGUUAGUCUUUGCUUCACCAUUCUAUCAUUUCAUCACACAAUUUAUUAUUUCUAGUUCAUACAUAUGUUUAGGUCAGCCUUGGUUUUCAUUGUCCAUCUGUCUGUCCCAUGUUUAGUUAAAUUUUAAAGGGCAAUGGAUGUUUGAUUUGAUAGAAGUGUAUGUUGGACUGAAGCAGCUAAUCCAUUCCACAAUUUGACUGUGCAUGGCUUAGAUAUCAUAAUAUAUACAACAAUGAAGGUCAUUAGCAUUUUCCAA